UUAAUGGCUUAGAUUAGGAAUUUCUUCGUAUUAAGAGAUUAGGGUUCGUGUUCUGCCAUGGUUGCAAUGGAUUGGGGCUUUGAUUCUGCACUUUCAUUGAUGAGCUAUGAAAGAUCCUUGACCUUGCGUUCGAAGUAGAUCCUCCACAUGGUCAUGAAGAGGUGGAGAAGCGUGCAGCCCUUGGCGAGGAAGGUUGGUGGAUUUGGAUGCGAGUGUGUAUGAGGAAUUGUCUUCGCCCCCGGGCAAGACCCGAUGGUCUAUGAGAGUCACCAAGUUGGGCUUGACCCUUCAGUUUUAAAGUCCUUUCCAGUGUUGGUGUUCCAACCGGAGAACUUCAAAGAAGGUUUGGAGUGUGCAAUUUGUCUCUCUGAGAUUAUUGAAGGGGAAAAGGCCAGGCUUUUUCCGAAAUGCAAUCAUGGGUUUCAUGUGGAUUGCAUUGACAUGUGGUUCCAUUCGCACUCCACUUUCCCUCUUUGUAGGAACCCUGUUGGUUUUGAUUCCACUAAAACAAGUGAAGAGAAUGAUUUCUCAGGGAACACUGAAACAUCAUCAUCAUCAUCAAUUGAAGAGAACUCAGGUGCUAUGCAUGGUUUACAGUCUUCAAUUUUUCCCACAAAUGUGUUGGUUUGGGGGAACCACACACAAGUUAGUUCUUUUGGGGUUUCCUUGGAAGAGGAAGAAGGUAAUUCUCAGCAACCAACUUCUCCUCCAUCAUCUACACCACUUGCUUCUUCUUCAGAUGAUGACAAUGUUAAUGGUAGAUGUCAUGGAAUGUUGGGGAUUGAUAUUCCAAUUGAGUGCACUUCCUCCUCUCUAUCCCCUUCUGGAAGUAGGUGUGUUGAAGAUGAGGUGAAAUCACCAAUGGCUGCUACAUUGAGGUCAUUUAAAAGGCUUUUGAGCCGAGACAAAAAGUUAAGUCCUUGUAGUCCAAGUUCUGUAGAUGUGGUUCAAGCACAGAGCUAGAAAUUUGUGGAUGGAAUCAUUAAUUAUUAUUUUUAGAAGAGUUUUUCACGAGAGAUGGCUCUCAAAGAGUCAUUGGUCUACCACUUCCUUUCCAAUACUAGUGCACAUAAAUGGCUGAGGAUGGUUGCUAUACAGUAUCUUGUUAUACAAUCAUUUUUUCCUUCUUUUUUAAUGUCUGUGCUUGAACUUUGAAGCACAUUAAGCCAAUUGUCUGAAAUGUUUAUAUUGUAUAAAUGAGAAAUUUCAUCCCAGUAAAAGGGGAAAAU